AUGGAUGCCCAGAGCAACCAGGUCAAGCCACUGGCUGGCAAGAUCGCCCUGAUCACUGGUGCCGGUCGCGGUAUUGGCAGGGGCAUUGCCUUGGAGCUGGGCAAGCGAGGUGCUUCCAUUGUUGUCAACUAUGCACGAAGUUCCAGUGCUGCUGACGAGGUCGUUCGGGAGCUCGGAAAGUUCGGCAGCAAGUCCAUCGCCAUCCAGGCCGAUGUCUCCAAGCCGGAUCAAGUCGCUGGUCUCUUCCAGAAGGCUCUCGCACAUUUCGGACACAUUGACUUUGUCAUCUCCAACUCCGGCAUGGAGGUUUGGUGUGAAGAGACUGAGGUCACCCCUGAGCUCUUCGACCAGGUUUUCAACCUCAACUGCCGAGGCCAGUUCUUCGUCGCACAGAAUGCCCUGAAGCACUGCAGCAACGGAGGGCGUAUAGUCCUCACCUCUUCAAUCGCUGCCCAAAUGACGGGUAUUCCCAACCACGCCCUCUAUGCCGGCUCCAAGGCCGCCAUUGAAGGUUUCACCCGCUCCUUCGCCGUUGACUGUGGCAAGAAGAACAUUACCUGCAACGCCAUCGCCCCUGGUGGUAUCCAGACCGACAUGUUCGAUGAGAACAGCUGGCACUACGUCCCAGGCGGCCACAAGGAUAUGGACAUUAACAAGAUCAAGGAUGGUCUUGCUAAGAUGUGCCCUCUGAACAGAGUUGGUACACCUGCCGACAUCGGCAAGAUCGUGUACUGUCUAGUCAGCAACGAGGGAGAAUGGAUCAACGGCCAGGUCUUGCGCUGCAGUGGUGGCGGUGUAUAA